UGCCGUCACAAGCACCGAGCGUCGCCUCGUAUCGUGUAUCUCGAUCCGGUAUCUCUCUCGUUCCAGCAGGAAGAAAGUGAAGGAAAAGUGAGAGUGCCCCAAGUCGCAGUCGCAGUCGCAGUCCGUUCCUCGUUUCGCCACAAUUGAAGUCCUUCGUUCGAGUUAGACGCGAAUCGCGGUGCGCUGUGCAAGUUCACGGUCACGGUCACGGAAGUGAAUACCUACCAGCGGUCGACCUGUUUCUUGGUGCCGUUAGCGGUGUGCUAGUCCUCUCCUUGUCGUCGUCGUCGCGAAGAAAGUGAAACCGGUACAUGAUGCGGUCGAUGGUAACCAUGAGGUCGAACGCCUCAAUUGCAGUGCUUGUGCUGCUGCUGGCCGCAUUUAGCAGCGAAUGCUUCGCCUCACUUCCAUCUUCAAUUAAGGUUUGUUCUCGGAAUGAUCCCGACAUUGGCGCGUGUAUCACGCAAGCCGUCAAUGAGCUGCGUCCCCGGUUGGCGAGCGGUAAGAUCUCGGAGGGCUUCAACAUUCCGCCAAUGGAACCUCUGGCCCUAUCCACGGUCAACAUGGAUCGUGGUUCCGAGUUCAAGGCUCAGUUCUCGGAGCUGCUUGUGUCCGGCCCUAGCAUGUUCAAGAUCGACGAUCUGAAAGUGAACCUCGACAAGAUGAUUUUUGACUUUAACAUCUUCCUGCCGAAGCUAUCCUUUAAGGGAAAGUACGAUCUGAAGAUCAAGCUGCUGGUACUCAACAUCGCCGGUGUCGGUGAUCUGACCGGUGUGAUUGAGAACAACCAUGCUCGUGUGAAGCUGAUGCUCGAGAAGUACCGAAAGGAGGACGGUAAGGAGUAUUUGCGAGUGCGGAAGCUGCUGGUACGCAUCCAGGUCGAGAAGGGACGGUUCGACAUGAAGGAUCUUUUCCGGGGGGAUCCGGUUCUGAGCCAGGUUGGAAACCAGUUCAUCAACGAGAACUCGCGCCUCUUCAUGGACGAGCUGACGCCCGGACUGGAGCGUAGUCUCUCCGAAACGUUCAAAGGUACCUCCAACGAGAUCCUGCAGCAGGCCACUCUGGACGAGCUCUUCCCGGUCUAAGGGCAACGCACUGUGAUGGAUGCGUCUAGAAAGUCAAGGACAUGUCGUCGACGUCGCCAAGGAAUGGGUAAUCUACCGAUAAACUGUGAUCAAUUUGCACCGGAGCGAUCAGCACAUCCGCCAAGUGCGCGCAUGGAGGGAUCGGUCAAGUACAAUAGUGUGUAUGAGUAUGUGUGUGUCUGUGUCCGUAUGUGUGUGUACACGCAUUAAUGCUUGUGCGCAGGAACGUUAAAGUGAGAGAGAGAAAGGAAGAGCGCGUGCAACUUGUCCCACAGUUAGCGAAUGUGGGAAAAUGGUUGAUACAAUAAAAUUACUUAAUGCACCAAUAC